AUGGAGCUAAACACCUACAAAUCGGAUGCCGAUCUUGAAGUCGCCGAGCAAGGGUCGUCCAGCCAGGGAGAGAAGGCAGAAAGAGAUGCGUCCGUUGCGCCUUCAGUGCCAGCACGGUUACCAGGGCAGCUUGAGCGAUACAUUAAUCUUUCAGCUGUCAUCAACUUUGCAAUUAUCAUCCUCGCUUCAUGGGAGUCGUUUGCAGUGACUUUCCAGUUUGCCCUAACCAAUGGAGGUCCUGCAAGUAUCUUCUAUGGUUCCCUCUUAGCUAGCUUUGGCGCCUGUGCUGUGGGAUUUUCUCUUGCUGAACUUGCUUCAAUAGAUCCAACAGUAGGCGCUCAGUACCGUUGGUCAGCCAACCUCGCACCUGCUGCACCUCGUUUCUGGGGUCUCCUCCAAGGAUGGAUCACUGUGGGCGCAUGGUGUUUUGCCUGCAGCGGACCACCAUCGAUUCUUGCAAAUUUGAUUACUUCGCUUGCAAUCUUCAAUAACCCUAGCUACGAGCCCCAGCGAUGGCACACCAGUCUUAUCAUGAUUGCGAUCAUGAUUGUACCUUUUACAUUCAACCUCUGGUUCCGCAAACUGCUCGACGCUUUUGAGAUUACUGGUGGCAUUCUCCAUAUAUGCCUCUUCGUCGUGGUCGUCAUUAUCUUCGUUGUUUUCGGACCGCGCAGCAGCCCGGAGUUUGUGUUCAAGACGCUUACUUGGGAAGAGUCUGGUUGGAACAACAAGGGCAUAUCUUGGGGUCUUGGUCUACUGAGCAUGACCUUCUCUGUCACGGGAGCUGAUAGUGUCUUGCAUAUGUGCGACGAAGUGAAAAAGGUCCGCACGCGUGUGCCACGCAGUAUCAUCAUCACAUGUGUAGCCAACUCCAUCAUGUUGGUUAUCUUUGCUACUAUCCUCCUCUUCUACAUGGGCCCGCUCGAAAAAGUCGUCGACAAACCACUCCCCAUCCUAUGGGUCAUCUACAACAUCACGGAAUCCUCAGUCGCGGCCAACGUCAUCACCGCGCUCAUCGCCGUCAUCUUCUUCUUCGCCCUCUUCAACAUCUUCGCUUCAGUUUCCCGACUGGUCUGGGUGUUUGCCCGCGACAACGGCCUCCCUUUCUCAAACUUCUUUUCAUAUGUCCACCCCACCCUUAAACUCCCCGUCAACGCCCUCAUACUCGUCGGCACAAUAGUAACAUGCCUCUCCCUCAUCUACAUCGCCAGCGCAACAGCCUUCAAUGCGCUCAUCUCCCUCCAAGCCUUUGGCCUCCACAUAUCCUACUUCUUCCCCAUCCUCUUUAUCUUCCUGCGCAAGAUCCGGGGUCCACCGCCCCCAUACGGCCCCUUCAAAAUGGGUGCUUACGGUAUACCCGUUAAUAUCUUCGCGUUAUGCUACAUCUUCUUCGUCGUCCUCUGGAUGCCAUUCCCCCAGAUCCUGCCUGUCACAAAGGACAACAUGAACUACGCGGGCCCCAUCUUCGGUGGCGUAGUUCUAUGUGCGUUUAUACACUGGUUCGUCAGCGCGAAGAAGAAUUUCAAGCUGCCGGUUAUUCGGUAUGAGUAG